GCAAGUUGGCUGUCUUGGUGUCAAUUGUUUCGCUUUAACGUGACACGAUGAAGAACACAUGAGUGAGUCUCUCGUUGUAGUCUAGCUUGAUAGAGAUACAACGGGAAGAGAUCAAAACUAUUACGCAUUGUGUUGUUGUAUAAUGACAGAAUUAGACUUUGAUCCCACGAAGAUUGAUAAAACAAGUAUGUCGUGACACAGGUAUUGAGCAGACGCAGGCAUUCCUAAACGAAGGACUCAGUGAUUCAACUAGAACAUAGGACAGACACGCUUGUGUCAACACUGGACAAGCACAAGUAUUUCCCCAAGUGAAGCGCAAGUAUUUUCGCAGGAGAGGCAGUACGCAAGCAAGCGGGACGCAGGCAACAGAAAAUAGUGCUUGAACAACCUUCCGACUAACAUCAUCAGUACUCGAACAAUCGUAAUACUAGUAGUCAACGACGUGAAGAAUCCCAUACUAGCCUGGAACAGGAAGCCACUUUCUCUGUCAACUGCAAACGAGCCGCACCCGGAGCUUCCCUUCUUCAGCAAGAUCACGUCGCCUGAAGUGAAGAUUUCUUUUUCUCAGCAGCAAGGGGACAGAGGCAGAGUACCACUACCACUACCACUAGGCAUCUGGUUGGGACACAUCUUCUACUUCUUCUUACGAGCACUACGACAGAAACUAGCGGUGACGACAUUUUUCUAUUUCUUCUUGUCGACCAGAAACAACAAAAAACGGGAGACCCACUUCUAAGAAGUACAACAACAACCACCUCCACGACAGCACGACAACUUCUAGUCCAACAACCUCCACACCCUUUCCUGCCAGAAGGCAAGUCUUGUGGGAUGUCCAGCUCCGCAGAAGCAGCGUCACUGGACGCGUCUAGAGGCGUUUCACUAGGAGGCGGAAUGGUCGUGCACACCAACAGUAAGGGAGAUAUGGUCUACGAAGCAUGUCCUCCGAAGGUUCAUCCACCUAGAGGCAGAUACGAAUGGAAUCAAGUACGAGGAGGAGGAAUUUUGGUUACGAGGACUUGAAAUAUAAUAGUUGUAAAGGACUUGUAGUUCUAUGCUAGAUUUUGAUUUAUAGGCUAAACUAGACUACUCUUGGAGGAAGGAACAUGAUAAUGAUAAUGCAGGUCUACCUAAUUACCUUGGAUUUGGUAUCCAACGAACGUGAACAAGUUAUGCAAAUUACCUCCAGGACUGAAUGUUUUGAAGAAGAUGAGAAGCCAAAGGAAAAAGUAAGCUAGUACUGACUUUCUAUAGGAUCCCCAAGCAUCCGAUUUAUAUCGUUGCCCCUCUCUAUUUUCUUCUUCGUGCUAUUCUCACUCCCCCGACGAACCUCUCUUUCAUUUCCCUGACCUUUAGCGACGUUCCACGUGAUGCAAUUCUGCAUUGGAAAAUGGAGUGGCUUAGAGCAGGACACAAGCAUGGCUGUAAAUUUAGCGGGUACACGACACACACCGACGGCGAGAAUAGGAAAGAGGAGUUCACCUCAAAUUUUCGGAUACAGCCUCAUCGAAUGGGCUUCAUGCGACGCAAACACGGAGAGGGAUCCAUGUUUUAAGGGAAUAUCAAUAUUUUGAAAUGUGAGUCGGUCGAAAAGGAUAAUGCGACAAGAUAAGUAGUGCACAGGCUACUUACACUCUCUGAGUUUGGAUUAUGUACUCUGUAAUCAAUCAGUAAAUGUAAUCUGCCCCUCCACAGGGUCUAGCUAAAAAAUUUCCAUAUUUCUUCUUGUCAACUUCUACCUAUGUAAUCUUCUCCUCCACCGGGUCUAGCUAAAAAAUUUCCAUAUUUCUUCUUGUCAACUUCUACCUAUGUAAUCUUCUCCUCCACAGGGUCUAGCUAAAAAAUUUCCAUUUAUUUCUUCUUGUCAACUAAGUACCUCAACCUCAAUGUUGAGUACUUAGAUACUCAAUACCUCAACCUCGAAACAAGAUAAGUAGUGCACCGGCUACUUCUACCUCAAUUCAAUAGCUUUUCUUUUUUUUGAGGUAGUUCCGGAACAUUGAGGUAGUGGAGGAUAAUUCAGUUCCGGAACAUAAAAAUCUAAAAAUUUCUCCACUUUCAUAUUCCGGAACUGAAUUAUCCUGGCAAGUAUCUGCUACAGGCCUGGCUAUGCGACGCAAACGAAAUCGUGAUUAGCAGGGUGACGAGUGUGGUCUACGAGGUAGUGAAUGUCGGAUUGCUGAAGAGCGACGGAUCAUCUUCGCGUGGCGGAAAGAAGGAGUAGUGGAGCAGCAAUAGCAUGAUCAUGGAGAAAGCAAGGUCAUGGGGAGACCUCUGCGCUGCUUAUGAGUAAAUGAGGACGAUUCUUGCAGAGCCAGAGGUGCGACUCCCUCCAGGUCAGCUGUACAAUACGAGACCGCAUGCUUAGUGCAUACCUUGAUAGCUGGCGCUCUGGAGAAGAUCAUUUUCGUCGUUGCGGCUCUGAAGAUAUUGUUCGCAUGCAGCUACCGAGUUUUCUCUUCCAGAACCCGUUGGUUUGCUCUAGCUGAGUGAAAAAGUAUGACACGGGGGUUUGAAUUUAAAAAACUAGAACUACAUUUUUAACGAAGCAGUGAGAAGGGCUUUCUCUAGCCAGAGCCGAAUUGCUUGGUUAAGCAUAAGUAGUCUGAUGUAGUUCACCUCUAUUUUUCUUGGAUAUUCUUCUCCUAUCAAUCUCGUGCUGCAGUAGACUGAAGGGCUGAAAACUGAAGAUCCAACGUCACAUGUGAAAGAAAUACCCGUGUCCAAAUCAUGGUCUCCUGUCAGUUGGCGAAUUUAGACUCGUGUUUAGUUGUACUACUACUACAUUGCCAUAGAUCUGACUAAUUGACUCACGUAAACACAAUAAAUAUGCUGUCUUUUGCCUCUUGUAUUGUGUUUACUAACUGGUGUACUAAAAAUUAAAAUGUGUGAUAGUAAAUGACUACUGUUACUUAGCGCGAUUCCCUCUACAUUUCUUGACUAUCUUGAGUUUUAGGUACAAUCAUCAUCAUCAUCAUCAAGUGUACUAAAUUGCCAUGAAUCUGACUAGUUGACUCAUGUAAACACAAAACAAGCUGUCUCUUGCCUUCGGCCCCUUCGCUUCUUGUGUUGUGUUUAAGUGUACUAAAGAUGCGUAAGAAUGAAUAGCCACUGUUACUUAACACAAGUUAGUUCGGCAGAAACGGAGAAAAUUCGACUCCGAUUUUCACGGUCAAGGCCAUAACCUUGGUCGCAUGCAGAAGCCCGCAACAAAGUGAACGAGUCAAUCACCUCGGUUCCAAAAUUGCUUGCUAAUCAUGUGAACUCGACGCAAGAGGACCAACCCGCACGCCUCCAACCACAGAGAAAAUAGUAAUACUCUUGAGCCCGAUGCAUCCACUCAUCGUUCUACUUGUUGCUUUCCCGAGAAAGAUUAGAAGAAGGUCGUAUACGCGAUUACCUUGAGGAGAAGGAGCAUCGAUAUGGUACGCAGCAUACCGCCAUUACGUAGAGGUCGGUGUGGUGAAUUAUCUAUGGCAACUACGUGAUGAGAAGCCCCUCCAUUGCCUGUUUCCUUUUCCAAUCGAACUUCUACACUUGUUUUGUACCCCUCAAAUGCCCCUCAUUUUUCCUUGAGAUCAGCAGCGAAGAGCUCCACUUUUACGACCCUCCACACACGUACAUACUACAAGAAGACUGACUACAUGCCAUAAAAACUGCAGUCGAGGACAGGAAG